AUGGCAGAGCAUGAUCUGGACAUAAAUGGUUUUGAAGACGAACAAUGGACAUUCAAAGAUAAGAAGAACAUUGAAGGAGUACCUGAAAGAAGAAUUAAUUUAAUCCUUGACUCUUCUUCUUUUACAAGAGGAAUUGGGAACAUCAAACGUUGGUACAAUAAGGAAUAUGUGAAGGGUCGAGAUGAUAGAAUAAAAAAUCAAAAGAAUAUCAUAACUCUUUACAUACCUUCAUAUACCCUUCAUGAAUUCGAUUAUUUAAAGAAAGGGUCAUCCAUAAUAUCUACAUUCACAAGACAAUCCAUUAGAUUUAUUGAUGAACUAUUUGAAAAAGAUUUAACAGAAAAUUCCAUAUUGGAAAACUUUACUAUCAAUUUAAUUAUUGAAAGCCCACAAGAAAAAGGAUUCCCAUGGAGCAAAUGCCAAAAAUUUCAAAUUCAUAGUCCUAAAGUCAAAGAAUUCCCUAACUUCAAAACUAAAUUCGAUUCAAGUCUAAUAGGUAAGAAGAAGGAAUUACUCAGACCUUUAGAUCCAUCAGAAUAUAAUAAUAUUAAUGAUAUCCAAUAUGAAAAUUCCCAAUCAUUUCAAAAAGCUGCUGAAAAUUCUGAAAAGUAUGCCAGGAUGCCAUCAAGAUUAAAAUAUCUUAUAAGUUCAUGCAUAUUUAAGAAAUUUAUUCAAAAGCAUGAAAUCAAUGAUCCAAUGGAAGAAUGGAAAUUAGUAACCGAAGACCCUAUCAUCAAAAUUUGGGGUUCAAGUUUCGAUAUGGAUUGUAUGAAUGUUAAUGAAGCUGAAUUAUUGAUAUUUCAAUCUUAUGAUGUUAAUAAAUUAUAUAAUCCUCAUCAUUCACUCGAAGAUGAACCUCACCAUAAUAGUAUUUUACAAGAUGUUAUUGAUACAUCAGUUUAUGAAUAUACUUCACUUGAUAGACCCAAAUCAUCGAAGAAAAACACCCUAUGGAAUCGAACGAAACCUGUUCAAGGAGUUACUGAGGAAGUUAGAUCAGAAACAAAUGGUGAAAUGGUUAUCAAAGAACGUUUUAAUGCCAUCAAUUAUGCUCCUAGAGGUCAAGGUAAACUUUGGAAACCUUAA